UCGAAAAAAAAAAAAGAAUAACUAAAGCAGCUGGUCCUAGGCGCUUCAGAAACCGCGGCUUAGGUGCAGACAUGGCCCAGUCCAAGAACCACACAACACACAACCAGUCCCGAAAAUGGCACAGAAAUGGUAUCCAGAAACCCCGAUCACAAAGAUAUGAAUCUCUUAAAGGGGUGGACCCCAAGUUCCUGAGGAACAUGUGCUUUGCCAAGAAGCACAACAAGAAGGGCCUAAAGAAGAUGCAGGCCAACAAUGCCAAGGCCAUGAGUGCACGUGCCAAGGCCAUCAAGGCUCUCGUAAAGCCCAAGGAGGUUAAGCCCAAGAUCCCAAAGGGGGGUGUCAGCCGCAAGCUUGAUCAACUUGCCUACAUUGCCCACCCCAAGCUUGGGAAGCGUGCUCGUGCACGUGUUGCCAAGGGGCUCAGGCUCUGCCGGCCAAAAGUCAAGGCUAAGUCCAAGGAUCAAAACAAGGCCCAGGCUGCAGCUCCAGCUUCAGUUCCAGCUCAGGCUCCCAAAGGUGCCCAGACCCCUGCAAAGGCUUCAGAGUAGAUAUCUCUGUCUGCCAACGUGAGGACAGAAGGACUGGUGCGACCCCCCGGGGCUGCCAUCUGCAUAGGGCUGGGGUCCUCCUGUGCUAUUUGUACAAAUAAACAUGAGGGAGGAAAAAAAAAAAAAAAGAAUAACUAAAGC